UCCAUGUUCCGUGUUGACUAACUAAGCCUCUUUUCUCAACGUCUGAUGAAAUUAGUAUAAUUUUGAGUUCUAUUCAGCUGUAAGUACUCGGUUAAUGUAAAUACUGAUGAACGAAAGCUAACAGAUGUGGAGACAGCAGGUCCAGCAGCACCUGGAUGCAGAGGAAGAAGAAAUGGAGGUUUUCCUUGGAAGUAGAGAUGCUCUUGAACAGGAAACAACUGGAGGAAGCCAAAUCAUAGAUGCAGUUUUCAGUCCCAACGAUCAACUGCAUAUAAUAGUGGUUCCUGCAGAUGUUCAGAAGUCAGUGCUGAUUAAAGAAGAACCUCCUGAAGAACAGUGGCCUGAUGUGGACCAGCAGGACACAAAUUGCCUCCACAUAAAAGAGGAAGAUGAGGAACCGUGGACCAUUUUGGGGGCAGAGCAGCUCAGUAUGAAGGAGGAGACAGAUGUCACCAGCUUUUCAUUAACUGCAGUUCAUUUUAAGAGUGAGGAUGAUGAAGAGAAACAUCUGUUCUCACAGCUUCAUCGACACCAUGUUGAAGUCGGAGAUCUUCUAUCCAGCAGCUCAGGUGACCACAUGGAAUCAGCAACUGGUGAAGGAGAAAAUUAUACAAAAAAAACAGAUCUAAAUGCUUGUAGAGAUGAUUCAGAUUUUUCAGAAACUGAAGUUAGUGAAGGUGAUGAAGAGGAUAAUGAUGUGAACAAUCCUGAGUCUCAGCUGAAACUUAUAUCAGACUUUGGGUUAAAAACUGAAGGCAUUGAUGAAGCCUGGGAGUCUUCACCCAGCAGGUGGGGGAAGUCUCUGCCUCAAGGGACCUGCAUGCUCCAUCCAAAGGAGCAAAAUCUGCUCUCAUUGACAGCAGAGUGA